AUGAAUGGAAGCAGCGCGGGUGCCGCUUCGUCGAAACGCGACAAGAGAAGAUCCGCCUUGCAAGAGCGGCUGGCCGAUUUGACCGCCUCAUUCAGCCAGAACCGCGACGCCCAUUUCCGACAGCAGCUGCAUGCUCUGCAGUGCGAUAUGACGUUGCUGAAUAACGCGGAUCCUUACGACCCGGGCCCGUUGCCCGAUGAUGCGGAUGAGAUCGCCGCCUUGAUUGAGAAUACCGUUGGGGGGGGCAAGUUUGCGCGGGAGAUGGCUGGGUUGGCGGGGAUGUGGUAUUCGCGUUUCGUGCAGGAGGUGAACCAGGCGAAAGAGGAUCGAGAUACGGACCUAACCAUGUUGAUGCACCGCCACAAUGACAAUCUCGACCGGUUCAAUCGCGAGUAUCGCUUCCGCGUCCAUUUCGCGAGCGAAGAAUACAACAAGCUGUCUGGCACGCUGCGGGAACGGCUGGUCAGUUCGAUCAAUGGGAAGAAGACGCGGCUGAUGCGCGAAAAGGAGCAUCUGGAUAUCGCCGACACCAACGCCCUGCUGCUGCACCCGAACCAGUUUAGCAUCACCAACCCGGCCAGCCCUGGGGGUCUGCACGGCAACCGCAAGACCCGACACACCCGCCACCGGAUCGACCUGGACGAGCUCGGGAAUGGCGUGUCGGAUGCGUUUGGCGGAGGCAACGCCGCGGGCGGCGGCGGGACCAACAAGCGCAAGCGCAAGGCGGACGACGACCACCCGCCGGCGUCGCCUGCGCGGGACGCACCCACCCCGGCGGACCGGGCCAAGGUGAAGGAGGUGCAACAGCAGAACGCGGCGGCGUACUCGAUCCACUCGCUCUUCACGGACAAGGAGCUGACGCUGCACGCCAACUACGCGCACGUUGCGACGACGCACUUCUUCUCCGUCUCGCGGCGCGCCGAGCACGCCGCCUCGGGCCUCGCGACCAACGGCCACAACACGGACGUCGACGAGGCCUCGGGUUUCGACGGCACAGGCGCCGAAGACAACGGCACCCCCGCGGAGUCGAUGGCCCGCACCGCCAGCCACCAGAACUUCCACCACGCAACGCGCUCAACUCGCACCCAAGCCCACGCCGCGCUGAGCACCCUCGCCGACCUGUCCGACAAGCCCGCCACGCGGCCCAAUCUGCCCUAUCACAUUCUGGCAAACUAUCAUGCCCGCCCUAACGGCAACGCGCCCCCGCUCCCCUCGCUGAUGAACGACGAGAUCGAAGACGACCUCGCGCGCAUCGACCGUCUGCUGGGCCAGCCCGCUAGCUUCAUCGACCGCACCUUGAUAGACGAGUGCAUCGAGGUCCCGCACGACGAUGUCGGCGAGGGCGUUGUCCCACCGCAGGACCCCGCGCGGUUUAACUUCCUGCACCCGGAUUUCCCGGCGGAUAUGGGUGUCCGCUGGUUUCCUAUGCGGAACGCCGGGGAGCGCGAAGCUGUCGAGAUGGUUACUAUCACAAAAACAACUGCCACCGCUGAAAUCCCUCGAGGACCGGUGGAGGCGGACCUCGUCUUCUACGUCCCCCCCGAAGACGGAUCAAGGCCCUUCAACUACGUCGAAGAGCCACCAACAGGUCUUCCCCAGCGUAACUUCGGCGAAACAACACACAAGGUCACGAUCGAGGAUAUCCGGGGUGACGAGCAUGCCUACGAUCUCGACACCGACGCUCUGCAGGCGUUGCAGGGGGUCCCCACGCAAACCACAUACGCAACCUUCGACUCGGACGAGGAGGUCCAGCGCGUGUAUUACCCGGAGGUGGAGAAGUUACUGUUCGACCACGUUCAGGGAGUCCACAAGGUGAUCAUCUUCGACCAUACGAUCCGCAGACAGGAGUCGAAGGCGCGUCGCCAGCCCGUCAACCGCACGCACGUCGACCAGACAGCCAAAGCCGCUGCGGACCGGGUACGUCUGCACGUCUCAGAUCCGGAAGAGGCAGAGAAGCUCCUUCGCGGCAGAUAUCGUAUCAUCAACGUGUGGCGGCCUUUGAACGGGGCGGUGGUCUCCGCCCCGCUGGCGUUUGCAUCUGCUGCGUCCGUCGAUCGGGAGAACGAUCUCGUCGCGGUCGAGCAUCGCUAUCCAGAUCGUACGGGGGAGACCAUGCAGGUCAAAUAUAACCCCGCGCUCAAGUGGAAGUACUGGUCUGGAAUGGAGAAUGAUGAGCGCCUGCUGCUCAAGUGCUCUGAUACCGCGGAGGGUGUCGGCACGAGCGUGCCUCAUACGGCGUUUGUCGACCCCAGGACGCCUGUUGGGGGGAAACCGAGAGAGAGUAUCGAAGUGAGGACGUUGGUGUUUGGAUAG